AUGGAGUACAAAGAAAAGAUUAGAAUCGCGAUCGCCAUAGUUUCUCUUGCAGCAAUUUCAUUUGUUUUCACGAGGCAGUAUCGUAACAGACGCCGCCAGAGGCAAAAAUGCAGUUCAAGUUCAUGUUAUUUACAUUCCGACCAAAAACCGCAAUGUUCUUUCAAGCGUGUUUUAGCUGAUAACUCGUUCUCUCAGUUCAAGCACUUGAAGUUACAUGGGAACAAAAACGGUUUUGAUGCUAUGUCAGGAAAUUCUUCGAGUUCACAUCCCUAUGAAAGGGAGAUUUCAGCAUUGAUAGAGAAUAGUGGAAUUGAAUUUGGAUUUGAGAUAAACAGCAUCGUGGAUUUGAAGGAAAUGAAGGAUGAUUAUGUAUGGGUCGAGACUGAGUCUCAAUUAAAGGAGCUAACUGAUGAACUGAGUAACCAGAGCGUUUUUGCUGUUGAUACUGAGCAGCAUAGCUUACGUUCCUUUCUUGGUUUCACUGCUCUUGUUCAGAUUUCCACUCAGAAGGAAGAUUAUUUAUUGGAUACAAUUGCAUUGCAUGAUGCAAUGGGUAUUCUUGGUGCAGUUUUUGCAAAUCCUAAAAUUUGCAAGGUGUUCCAUGGAGGUGAUAACGAUAUACUUUGGCUGCAAAGAGACUUCCAUAUUUAUGUUGUUAAUUUAUUUGACACUGCAAAGGCAUGUGAAGUUCUGUCAAAGCCACAGAAAUCACUGGCAUACUUGCUUGAAACUUAUUGUGGUGUAUCCACCAACAAAUUACUACAGCGUGAAGACUGGAGGCAGCGCCCAUUGCCUGCAGAGAUGUUACAAUAUGCUCUAACAGAUGCACAUUAUCUGUUGUAUAUUGCAAGUUGUUUAAUCGCUGAGCUCAAACAAAAAGACAAUGAUAAUUCAUAUUCUUAUCCGGAUGUCAAAUUAAAGUUUAUUCUUGAGGCUAGUCGCCGUUCAAACAUGAUUUGUAUGCAACUAUACACAAAAGAGGUUGAAGAAUUUCCGGGUGAUGCUGCUGCAUCAUCACUUUUUUCUCGUUAUUUGAAUGAUCAAGGAGGUUCAUCAGUUUCAUGUGAGAUACAGGAUCUAGUGAGACGCUUGUGCACGUGGAGAGAAUUGAUGGCUCGUGUACAUGAUGAGGGCUUAAGGUUUGUAUUAUCAGACCAGGCUAUUGUUUCACUUGCGAACAAGGUUUCAACAAAUGCAAUGGAAAUAUAUGACACCAUAGCUCAAGCUGAUAAUAUGGAUCCAAUGAAUUGUAUUUCGUCUCAGCCAUCUCCAUCCCCUGUUGUUUGCAGCCAUUUUUAUGAUUUUUGUUGCUUAAUCCAGGAGAAUAAAAGCAACCUUGAUGAUAUUUUCUCACUGCUUUUGCAAAAAUGCCUGGGUCCAAAUGGGAGCUGCCCGUUGUCUGUUUAUAAUUAUGCAUUACUCAUUAGCUGUGAUGUGAGAUUAACAAAUAGAUCAAUGUCCAAGAAAAAUGGAUUUAAAAGUUCUAAGCAAGUUGCUCGGAAGGCUUCACGUUCACGAGAAUUGUUUGUCCAGAAGUUCUCUUGCAAAUCUCCAGUAUAUCAUAAUUGUAGGAUCUAUGCAAAUGAUGGACGUUUGCUUUGUUACUGUGAUCGAAGAAAGCUUGAAUGGUACCUCCAUCGAGAGCUUGCAAUACUUGUUGAUGAAAACCCUCCUGCCAUCAGGCUUCUUUUUGAGCCUAAGGGCCGUCCAGAAGAUGAAGACAAUGAUUUCUACAUCCAAAGCAAGAGAAAUAUAUGUGUCGGCUGUGGCGAAGGAAGUCAUUACUUACGCUAUCGAAUAAUUCCUUCAUGCUACAGAAUACACUUCCCUGAGCAUUUGAAAAGCCAUAGGUCUCAUGAUAUUGUCCUCCUUUGUGUGGACUGUCAUGAAGUUGCUCAUGCUGCCGCUGAGAAAUACAAAAGACAUGUAGCUGUAGAAUUUGGAAUUCCAUUGUUUGUUCGGAAAGUAGUUGAUUCUAAAGAAAGCGCUAUCAUAUCUGAGUCAUCUUCAUCACUGAUGACUGCCGAGGAGGCUGGAGUAUCUCCUUUACAAUUGCGCACAGCUGCUAUGGCUCUGUUGCGCCAUGGACCAAGAAUGCCACCCAAGCGCCGAGAGGAACUGACACAGAUUGUUACACAAUAUUAUGGAGGAAGGGAAAUAUCACAGGAAGAUUUGGAAAGAGCUUUGCUGGUUGGAAUGAGUCCCCAUGAGAGAAGAAGAUUUGAGAAGAAGAGAGGAUUGUCUUUGAAACGUUCUGCCAAUAAUAUUUGUUCGAACAACGAAUUGGUGCAUGAUGUUACCAUGGUGAAAUCUUCUGUUGAGAACAACUCUAUAACUGAUACUCCAGAUAGUUCACAAACUAUCAACUCAGAGCUACGAACUGAAGUAAAAGAAGAUCAAGACUUCUUCAAAACAACAGACCCUGAUGUGGGUGUCUCUUCUAAUCUACAAGUUGCAGAUGUCUCUGCUGCUGCUCACAAGGAUAUGAAUUCCAAUGAAAAUGAAGUUUCUGAUGGAAAAGAAAUCUGUGCUGGAAAUGAUGGUGAUACCUGUGAAAUCAAUCCACCAAAUGGAAUAGUUUGCUCAAAUUAUCCUACACAUGGUGGACAUGGCCUGUCCAAAAAUAAUUCAAAAUUAUCUCUAUUAGGACAUGGACCACAUGGAAAGCAAGUUGUGGAGCAUUUACUGAAAGAAUAUGGGGACGACGGCAUUCGUGAAUUUUGUCAGAGAUGGAGACAAGUUUUUGUUGAGGCAGUUCAUCCUCGUUUCUUACCUGCUGGCUGGGAUGUAAUGCACAGGAUUUGAUAGUGAGCGCUGUUUUUGCCAGUGGCAGAAGGGAAUUUGGUGAAUUCAGUGUGUACAAUCCAACCAAGAGAGCAUCUGCUGCAACAAGUUGAGUUAAAACCCUGCUGCAAAACUAGAGAAUCAUGCAGAUCAACUGUGUAAUUUUAUUCCAAAGGCUACCAUGUUGUAUUUUUAUUUUUAUUCUUUUACCAUUUCAAAUGUAGCAGGUUAUAGUUGAAUUUUUGUUUUUUUUUUAUUUUGUUUUUUUAGAUUAAAAUCAAUGUGCUGACAAAUAACAUGUCCGAUAAAAGGACUAGCUAUAAUCAAUUAAUUUAAUAUUUAUUUACUUA